AGUGAGUAAGCAGAAUGUGACAACUUUCCAGAGAGAGGCCAGAGGGAUCACAUGCCACUAGUACAGAAGCGACGCUUUCUCCCCAAUCCUGAAAAUCCCCAUCAUCUUGACUCUGGGGGAGGGCGAGCGGAGUGAGUCUUAACGCGGAAAUGUCAACAACGAAAGAAAACUCAAACUGGGAGCCUGACUUCUACCUGGUGACAAAUGGCGUCACUUCACUCUGAGGAACAUAAUUGGCAGUGAGUUGCAGGAGGGCUAUGGCUAUUAAAUAAAAACAAGACAAAGUACCCUCUUUCUUUAAAAAAAAAAUAGCAGACUCCAUAGAUUACUGCAACAUUCCCUACAAUAAAACCCUACUUGUUUGCAUCGAAGUGAAAAACCAACGUUGGAGAGAGAAAUCCCCAAAUCAUUGGGUACAGACCCGGAACAAAGUCGUAAUAUGAUCUCCCCGCCUACACCAGGUUGUUUGUAAGCAGGUAGACGCAGGAGUUCAGAGUAGAACGCUUUUUGUCUGUCGUGGGAAUAAUUUUGGAAGUAGCUGUGAAAAUGAAUCCCUCUUUCUGGACGUUCCUGCUGGCAUGCAUUUGCUUCCCGGCGAUUGGAAAUGCAAAACUGCAACUGGCUAUUAAGGAACCCUCAGGACCAAUCGUUGAAGGGAACGAUGUAAUUUUGCAGUGUUUAGAUGAUGGGCAAGACAUGUCCAAUUUCAAAUUCCAGAUGUAUCAUAAGUGGUUGCGAUCCUGGUUCACUAUCGAUACCACCACUUCCUUCCGUUGCUGGUACUACAGUUUUAACGUCAGCAGAGAUAAUGGGGAACUUCUCCUUCGGGUGAAGCAGAUGUACAAAUGGCAUGCAGGUCCAUACCGAUGUGUUUCCAAUGGAACUGAUGGACAGAUCACCUCUGAGAAUAUGACUGUCCCUCUUCAGUAUCUCAACAGCAUAUCCAUCUCUGAACCCGGGAGCGUCUUUGGCCGUUACAUGAGAGACCCACGAGUUGUGAGGGUGAUGCGAGGAAAGGAUGUUGAGGUCAAAUGUUGUGCAAGCUCUUCUGAGCCACCAGUGUUCCAAUGGAAGAGGAAGGGUAAUGAGUGGGUUUACCCAAACAGCAACUUAAAGAUUGUGAAGAUCACCCCAGAACAAGGUGGACUCUACACUUGCAAAGCCACUCACCCUUCAAUCCCAAGUCUGACCCAGUCUAAAUCUAUUCUGAUUGAGGUUGUGGAAGAACCACUGAGCUCACUACAACUGAGUGACAUGAACCUGAUUUUAGCGAUAGCCAUUCCAGCUGGAGUCCUCCUCUUGGUGAUCAUUGGCAUCGUUGCUUACAAGUGCAAAGCAAAGAGGAAUGAGAAAGGAAUGAAGCUUCUGGAUAACCAGGCUGCCAAGACCCCUAUCUGGAAGGGGAGUGACUCAUCCAUUCCCAACUGUGUGACUGACUCCGUUCCUCUGGUCAUGUGAACCACAAACCAGGAAGGAAGCCUUUGAGAAAGAGGUGGGAUGGUCACAAUGCUGAUCGAGCUGAGGAAUUUAAACAGCUUUCAUCUCUUAGCUGCUUUUGCCUCACAAUCAUGGGGGAUGUGCAAAUUUUACAAAUUUCUCAAUCACAAUUAUUUUUAUCAAGGCUGCAGUGUCCUUUCCUGUGAAAUGUACUGGCAGAGGAGACAGUGUUGCAGAUUGUCUUUUAGUUGAAGGGAGUGAGGAAUCCUUGGAAGAUAUUUGAGGCUAUUUUGUUGGAAAGUUGGGAGCGUGCUUUAAGGACAAAAUUGUCAAGAAGCUUCCCAUCUGUUAUUUCAGCUUGUGGGCAACAGGUGGCGCCACUGUAGCUUAUGGGGAGCCAUCUGUUGGUAGUAAUGAAGUAUUGCGCCUCACCCUUUGCAGAAAUUAGACAAUAUUCACUGAAUACCUAUACAGAUACUUCAAAUAAACCUGUCACUGAAAUUGACAUGUUUCUGGGGAUCCCUGGCAAAUAUUGACAUUCCCGGGGAACUUCUGUCUUAAUUGGAAUUGCUGCCAGGAUAGAAUCAAAGCCACAAUUGAUGACUGCAAAAAUGAAUACAGGUGCCAGUAACUUUGUUAUCAUACCAGUGGUAAAGCCUUUGAACAGCUGAUUCCCUGCAUGAUUGCUGUAAGUCUUUGCAUUUAUAUAUUUCUGAAAUUAAUUUUCUUGAUUUCUGUUACUGUUGUAACCUCUCUCAGAUUAUAAUCAUUCACUUUGCACUUUCGACAAUAGCUGUAGAUGUCAUAGAAUUAUUUAAGUUGUACUGAUUGUCAUUCAGUUGAUAUUUAGAGUUGAGUUUUCCUGUUUCAACAUUUCUAUUCAAUUUAUUGUACACUUGCUUUCUGUUGUGAUAGUUAUGGGGGCAAUUUAUACUUCCUCUAAGUGGUUAAGGGGGUAGGAACCUUGUUUUGUUUGUAGCCUGCUGAAAGAAGUAGCACUUUACAGUUUGUGAUGAGCAAUCUGCGUGAGAUAGUAGCAGUGAUUGAUCAAAGUAGCACCUCCUCCUGGCAGAAGGGCGCUGCUGCAGCGGAGUUUUAUUUUAAAUGGGUUUGCUCCUGCUCACUCUCACAUUUCCUUCUCUUGGUUCUGUCACCCGAGACAAACAGGCACCAAAGAUAUUUGUAUCAGAUGGGAUUCGGAUUGGGGAUGGGCGGAGGAGUCAAAGUCAUCCGUAAAAGCCAGGAAAAUCUUUUUCAACUUUUAUUUUAGAAAUGCAUUGGUACCCUACCUCCAUUUUAAGCCACACCACAGGGUUUAACAUAAAGGUGACUGCACUCUGAUGUCCCUUUCUAAUGAUGGAAAUAUUCCCUCUUUACCCAAUCUGGAAAUAUAGUUGACUCCACUCCAGUCUCUGGCUCAAACAAGAUUCUGUUCCUCUUCUGCACUGCAUUGGAGUCUUAACUCAAAAUUCCUGAGAAUAGAGAAGGUGCAAGAAUGCAUAAUUUCCCUCACUCUCUUCCCAGCUGUGCCUACACACCAGUGGAAUUUCGCUUUGAGUUUGUGCUUUAGCUUCAAUUUAUACCUUGCAUUCCUGCAAAUUCACCCCUCCCCCUCCCCUCAUUUUGAAAGUUCCCCUUGAAACUGUUCCCUUCAAGGUGGCAUGUCCCAACCACGACAACUCACUGAGUCAAAAAACACACUCGUCUACUGUUUUCCCCCCACCAACUCCUCUUGAGUCUUUUCCUGAAUCUCUUCAAACCCUCUAGUGACUGACCCUCCUGUCCCUGGGAACAGUGUCUCCCUCAUUGACUCGAUCGAACCCCCCCCGACCCCUGUAACCUUCCCUGCUCCAAGGGGAACAAUCCCAGCCUCUCCCGGCCUCUGUCCAUGUGAACUGAACACCCUCAACCCAAAUCUGUAAGCCAUGUCUCCAUUUUUGAGAUGCACAUACAACUCAGCAGGAUAUUUUUACAGGGUUAGAAGUUUUGUGUCUGUUUCUGUGGUUCGCAGAUUAUUUAAUUAGCUAAUUCUCACAGGAAAAUGAUUUCCCUGUGUGAAAACACCGUAUUUAAAUACAAAUGGCCUGUAGUGUUUUUGUCUGCCACUGUUUGUAUGGGUAGGAACAGUGGUAUGUGUAUGAGCAACAGUAAUUUCAGCUCUGAAUUAUAUAAUUGGGGAUUUGCUGCUUAUUUGUAUCAAAACUGUCUUACACUAGCUAAAGGAUCUCAAUUCUUCAUAUAUUUAAAUAAACGAUUGAAGUAAACAGAA